UUCUGACGCAGCAGGGGGCACAACCGUCAGCCAAUCAGCUUGGAGAACAGGCACGGCCGCGUCCCCCCCCAAGCCCCACCCCCGACAGCUGGAUCUUGUGACUGGGCUCCUGGGUAGAGUUCAAGGUUGGAGUGAAGCGGCUUCCUUGCGGUUGUGUGGGUGUCCCAACCUGGGUCGAGAUACCCCGCGGUUCAAAGGCUCCCCCGCAGUGCUUUUUAAAUUGACAUAUGCAGCGAUAACCUGCUUUAGCCUCAGGCUCACUCACCCGCCCAGACCCUGGAGCGCCCACGACCCUCCGGCUGUCCACCUCAGCAAUGGCCCAGGACAAGAGCCUAUCGCUGUCAUGACCUUUGACCUCACCAAGAUCACAAAAACCUCCUCCUCCUUUGAGGUUCGAACCUGGGACCCAGAGGGAGUGAUUUUUUAUGGGGAUACCAACCCUAAGGAUGACUGGUUUAUGCUGGGACUUCGAGACGGCAGGCCUGAGAUCCAACUGCACAAUCACUGGGCCCAGCUUACGGUGGGUGCUGGACCACGGCUGGAUGAUGGGAGAUGGCACCAGGUGGAAGUCAAGAUGGAGGGGGACUCUGUGCUGCUGAAGGUGGAUGGGGAGGAGGUGCUGUGCCUGAGACAGGUCUCUGGGCCCCUGACCAGCAAACGCCAUCCCAUCAUGAGGAUUGCGCUUGGGGGGCUGCUCUUCCCCGCUUCCAACCUUCGGUUGCCGCUGGUUCCUGCCCUGGAUGGCUGCCUGCGCCGGGAUUCCUGGCUGGACAAACAGGCCGAGAUCUCAGCAUCUGCCCCCACUAGCCUCAGAAGCUGUGAUGUAGAAUCAAAUCCCGGGAUAUUUCUCCCUCCAGGCACUCAGGCAGAAUUCAAUCUCCGAGACAUUCCCCAGCCUCAUGCAGAGCCCUGGGCCUUCUCUUUGGACCUGGGACUCAAGCAGGCAGCAGGCUCAGGCCACCUCCUUGCUCUUGGGACACCAGAGAACCCAUCUUGGCUCAGUCUCCACCUCCAAGAUCAAAAGGUGGUGUUGUCUUCUGGGUCGGGGCCAGGGCUGGAUCUGCCCCUGGUCUUGGGACUCCCUCUUCAGCUGAAGCUGAGUAUGUCCAGGGUGGUCUUGAGCCAAGGGUCGAAGAUGAAGGCCCUUGCCCUGCCUCCCUUAGGCCUGGCUCCCCUCCUUAACCUCUGGGCCAAGCCUCAAGGGCGUCUCUUCCUGGGGGCUUUACCAGGAGAAGACUCUUCUACCUCUUUUUGCCUGAAUGGCCUUUGGGCACAAGGUCAGAGGCUGGAUGUGGACCAGGCCCUGAACAGAAGCCAUGAGAUCUGGACUCACAGCUGCCCCCAGAGCCCAGGCAAUGGCACUGACGCUUCCCAUUAAAGCUCCACCUAAGAACCCCCUUUGAAA